AUGACCGCCUCACGCCCCGCCAUCGUCGGCCCUGACGCCGGCCCGGAGACACCCUACCCGCUGCGGAUGGAAGGUCGCGUCAUCGCCGGUUUCGGCCGUGGCUCGAAAGAGCUCGGCAUCCCAACUGCCAACCUUCCAGUCGACACGGCCAGCACGCCCUGGAUCGCCGAUGCAAGAUCAGGCGUCUACUUCGGCUACGCAUCACUCGCCCUUCCGGCAUCCCACCCCGACCAACUCCCGUCGUCCGCAUCGGCACCGACCCCUGCUGUUGUCUUUCCCAUGGUCAUGUCCAUCGGCUACAACCCCUUCUACAAGAACACGGUACGCAGCGCUGAAGUUCACCUCCUUCAUCGCUUCAAAGCCGACUUCUACGACUGUCACAUGCGUCUGCUCCUCCUCGGCUUCAUCCGUGAGGAAAAGGACUACAAGAGCAUCGACGCCCUCGUCGAUGACAUCAAGUUCGACUGCGACGUCGCCCGGAAGAGCUUGGCCCGCGAGGCCUGGACGGAGAAGGCGUCCGUCGAUGACGCUUGGUGGCUCGAGGCCCGGUUGUGA